AUAAAAUACAUAUCUGUUUUUAGUUAAUUCAAAUUAAAGUAUUUWAAUAUAUAGUAUAAAUAUAAAAAAAUUGGCUACAAUGUCCUCAACCGAUAUAAAGUUAGAGGUUUGUGUCGAUUCAAUUGCUUCGGCACUAGCCGCGGCCGAGGGCGGUGCUUCACGCAUUGAACUAUGUUCGGCGCUAACUGAAGGAGGCUUAACGCCUUCGCCUGGAACACUGAAAACACUUAAGGAACUUAUAACCAUACCAAUUUAUUGCAUGCUACGACCAAGACGAGGAAAUGAUUUCAUUUACUCAAAUGCAGAAAUAGCAGCCAUAUUACUUGAUUUGGAUAUACUACGUUCGCACGGUGCUGAUGGAUUYGUCUUUGGUGCACUUACCGAACAGCGUUCCAUCGAUGUGGAAAAAUGUCAACGUGUUUUGGAGMGCGCUGGAGGCAUGCCACUUACAUUCCAUCGUGCAUUCGAUCUCACUAAUCCACAAUUAAUGCACGAAAAUGUCAACAUCAUAAAAGAAUUGGGUUUUAAACGUUUGCUCAGUAGCGGUUUUCGCGUUACCGCUAUCGAGGGUAGUGAUAAUCUUGCACAACUCAUUGCUAAGCAUCGUGAUAUAAUUAUAAUGCCUGGUGCUGGUAUUAGUGUAAGCAAUUUGGAUGAAUUGUUAACAAUUACAAAAUGCGUAGAAUUUCAUGCUUCUGCACAGGCAGCCGCUGGCGCGAUAACCAAUAAUGGCAGCGUGGCGAGCAUGGAUUGCGAUGUAACAAUGGGUAAGCAAGACGUGUCUCCCUACGCCACAACAGACGUUAAUGUGGUACGACGAAUGGUUAGCAUCGCUAUGGCAGCAAAAUAGAGAAUAAAAAAAUAAAAAAACUCUACGAAAGCUAAAUUACAAUGUAUAUAUUUUUACAUAUAUCUGUAAAUUACUAUGUACAUUUUUCCUAAGGCUUGACAGCACUUUAUUAUUUAAGCGUCGUCGCUCCUUAUUGAAUACAAGACGUGGCUACUUUUUACCUCAUAUAUAUUUUUAGAAGCAAAACCGUWUAAUAAAACGUUCACUUUGAUGAAAUCGAUUUGAGUAUUAAUAAAAUU